AGUAAGCACAACACAGGGGGAAAAUGUCCUCCAUUAUGUAGUGCCGCGGUAGAAGCAACUCGCAGAGCGUUACCCUUCUGCAACGAUACGCCAACGACAACAUCAUCUUUAACAAAACCACCGACGACCAUUAGCGAUCCCUGGAAAGAGGGCCACAUCCGGCAAACUUCAGCUUCCGGCAGGGCACUCCCCUGCGGAGGGGCCCGUACCGCGCACCGUUUGCAGUCCCGGCAGUUCGGUUUGUCCGGAACACAUAGCUGUGCAACAGCAUGACGAUUCAUCGAGCAGCCUGGCUAUUACUAUGCCACCGGAGUCAGUGGCACCUAGGCUCGGUGGGAAAGCUUUCGCUUGGAAGUGUACCAAAGUACCGCUGCUGGUGGAAGGACAGUACCACCGCUUUACGUAAGGAGGGUAGCUAUGGCCAAAGAUGUUUCACACUGUCACGCGUGGUUGAGUCGAAGAAAGACGACGUGGCGCCGGUUACAACGCCGGGUGAACAGCAGCAGACGACACUUGAAAUUGCGACGAAAAAUGGCAAAUUGCUGGUAAAAACAACGCUGGCCGAUUCAAAGCUACAGGAGAUCGUAAUCGAGAAACCAGCAGCGGGUGCCCCACUGCCAGCUUAUACGACGGGGCUUCCUCCGGUGGCAACAGGCGAAGCUGCGACGGCACAAUUGGCCGAAGCGGAUCUGAAAGAACAGUUGGCGGAAAAGAAUCGCCAGCUGGCGAAGAAACGCAUACGGGUGGACUUUUCCCGUUCGUCACUGGAGCGAAAUUUCAUCACUCCUGUGCGGGCCAUGUCCGACUUCCUCCUAAAGCCGUCCGAUCUUGAGACCCUGCCGAAGACAAAGCGCAGAUCACCCUACGAACAGGAACCGGCCAUUACGGUGUACUGGCGAAAGGAUGUGGAAGCGAAGGCGAUCGAUGUGUGGGGCACGAGAGAGAACCUGCUGAAGGAAUGCUUGAAGCGGGAGAUCGAGAAGAAGAUGCACCAGCAAAACAUAUUUACCGUCAAACGCCGGCUGAGGGACUACCGGCGAGAGAUUGGUAGCCGUACGAACGUUGUCGAUUCCGAACCGGGACUAUUUGGAAAGUCCGGAAAAGUCGUUCUCACCGCCAUUGCAAUCAAUGCCACCAACUGUGUGUUCAAGUUCGGUGCUUGGCUAUAUACCGGUUCGCACAGUAUGUUCGCGGAGACGAUCCAUUCGCUUGCCGAUACGAUUAACCAGCUGAUUCUGGCAUACGGAAUCCACAAAUCAACGCAAAUCGCCGACUCCGAUCACCCGUACGGAUACAGUAACAUGAAGUACGUUUCGUCGUUGAUCUCCGGUGUGGGUAUAUUUUGCGUCGGCACCGGCCUGUCGUUCUAUCACGGGAUAAUGGGACUGGUGGAUCCUCAUCCGAUCGACGACUUUUUCUGGGCGUUCUUCAUUCUCGGCGGAUCGUUGGUUUCCGAGGGCGCCACACUGUUGGUGGCGAUCAACAGUUGCCGCAGUGGAGCAAAGGCCCUGGGAAUGAGUUUCCGGGAUUACGUUGUGCGCGGCCAAGAUCCGUGCGUGAACGUGGUACUUACGGAGGAUGCUGCCGCAGUAUUGAGUGUGGUGCUUGCCGCGAGCUGCAUGGGACUGUCCACCUGCACUGGGUCGCCCAUUCCGGACGCCGUGGGUUCACUUCUAGUCGGUUGCAUGCUCGGCGGUGUGGCUUCGUUCAUCAUCUACACAAACGUAGCCGCUUUGGUGGGCCGCUCGAUUCGGCAGGAGAAUCUCGACAAAAUCAACGCCGAACUGGAGGCCGACAUUAUGAUUCGGGCGAUCCAUGACGUGAAGGGUAUUGAUAUGGGCAAUUCGUUGGUCAGAUACAAGGCUGAAAUGGAUUUCGAUGGCCGUGAAUUGACUCGUGUGUACCUGGAUAAGCAGGAUUUAAACACGCUGCUGGAGGAAGUGCGGACGUUCCAAACGAUUGACGAGCUCGAAGCGUUCCUGCUGAAGCACGGAGAAAACAUUGUCGAUCUUAUGGGAGGUGAAAUCGAUAGGAUCGAAAUGAAACUGAGAAAGAAAUUCCCAGAAAUAAGACACUGUGAUUUGGAGAUACUGUAAGCCUGAAAUGUGAUUUGCUACUUGUUUCCCUUUAUUUUUUGUUUGUUUCUACCUUCUGCGAUUACGGCUUUCCUCUUCGAAUACAAAGAGAGCAAAAUAAAGUGGUAUUGCUUGCGCAGGCAGCAAUAGAGGAUUUCGCCGACAGUUUGUGCCGGUUGUUCGUUUUAGACAAUAUUGUGCAGAACAUUUAGAGCAAAUAAAUGCAAACUAACAAAACGGAAAUCACAAUCAAACGAUUUAAGUGCCGGUUCGUUUAAUGAAUGUCGGUAAUGUUUGUCUGGUAUUUAGAAUAGAUCUGUUUGUGCUUAAUAGAUGUAGCCUAACCUCC